CAACAAGCCGUCCAUGGUACUCCCAUCUCGGGGCAACUGUGAUUUUUUAAAGACCUGACAGGUGGUCCUAGAUGGUAUUCUUACCUACCAAGCAUCACCAAUGCUACGAUGAAGCGUGCCAACGCAGCCGGAUUGAAACUCUCGCUGCCGAGUCUCGUUCUGGGCGAUCAGCAUGCCGCCGCUUCCUCCGCUGCCAAUUCCUCCUCACUCCCACCCUCCUCCGACGCAGUCGCAGCUGGUCAGGAGUCUGGCCAUGUGCAAGAGUCUGGAGUGCUCGAGCCAUCGUCUCUGAGCAAGAGUGAAUGGGAAGGAAAGGAAUCGGAGUCGAAUGUCGCGGCGGGGGUACCUAAGCCGACUCGCGAAGGCGAGUCGCAAAGUUCUCGUGGUUCCGUCUGGCUGCGACUCUUCCGUCGACGUCGAGCUGGCGAAGAUCGAAGAAGCAUCUAUAAUGCAGAUUCUCCGUUGAAGCCGGCCCGUUCCCGCAAGCGGAACCCUAUAGCAUCUUCCAUCCUCGCUUCGAUCCCGCAAUUUAGCAACCCACGCGUGUACACAUAUUCGAACAACAUGCACCAGGCCGGCGAGCCGCUCGAUCCGCUGUUGACCGCUCAGUACGACGAGCCAGAAAUAAUCCAGGAUUUUGCAGAAGCCCUGAUGGGUGAUGACGCCGGGAUGAGCGAAACUGCCGAGUCAGAAGUGGUCAUUGUCGAACACUCUGCCGCCAAGGGACAAGUCGACGCACAGACUGACGCCGACGUAGAAGCGGACGCAAAGGACGUGCAAACGGAGGUGAAGAGAGCAUGGAGGGACAAGGCGCCUGUGAUCUGCGAGGGAGAGAAUAUGCGUCUCGGAAGGUCCAACCAGAAUGCAGAACAAAAUGGAAAAGUCUUAGCGCAAAAGGGGCACGCGCUUCGAGAGCGCAUUUUUGCAAGUCAAUCCGGCUUUGUUUCAGGCUCGCCUUCAUCCACACCGCAGCGAAGUAGCUCAUCUGGAGCAGCGCUGAGCACAAAAUCAGUAAAGAAAAACACCAGGAACACUAGGACUAAUAGCGAGCUCUUCCUUUCUGCCGCAUCGGACUUUGCGCCGAUCCGCGAGCGACGAGGGCCAUCGCCCAGUCACAGCCAUCAUCAUCAACAUCACCACCAUCACUCGCGCUCACAGAGCAAAUCCAAAUCGGCCAAGCACUCUUCGCACCCUAAGCUGCAUGGCAUAGAUAACGGCUCGCGCGAGGGUCUGCUCUUUACGCUUCUGCGUUUCCCCCUGCUGCUCGCCAUUUUCCUAACGAUCGCGCUGGAGUUCAGCCUAUACGUCCUGACGCGGCAGGUCGUCAACCUGGUGGAGUAUGCGAUCGCGUGGCGCGGCCGUAAGGGAGAGUUGCGCAAGGAGCUGCGGCGUGCUGAGACGUGGAGGGACUGGAAGCACUGGGCGCUGGAGAUGGAUUCGUUCGCGGGGUACGAAAAGUGGAAGGAACGCGACGCGAGCGGCCUCUAUGACUGGAUUCUCGUCAAGAAAGUCUGCAAUUCCUUGCGUGUGUUUCGGCAGAAGGAAGAGGCGGAGAAGCUGAUCGGUGUGCUCGACCUGUGCGUUCGCAACAACUUUGCUGGGGUGGAAGGAUUCAGGCUGUACAGCGAGACCUUUUGGGGAACUAAACACCUGAUCGAAAAUUAUGUCGACGAGGUCGAAAAGGGAUUGGAGUACAUUCAAAGAACAGAUAAGCUUUCGCUGGAAGCAAAGCGAGCUUUCUAUCGCACUGCUAAGAAGAACCUUGGCACCAGCGCCCUUUGUCUCAGCGGCGGAGCAAGUUUUGGCUACUACCACUGCGGAGUCGUCCGCGCGUUGCUGGAUGCUAACCUGCUGCCCAAAUACGUAUCCGGCACCUCUGCCGGCGGCCUCAUCGCCGCGUUGACGUGCACACGGCACGACUCGGAGCUGAAAGUUCUGAUGGUGCCCGAGCUGGCGGACCGCAUCAACGCCUGUGAAGAGUCCAUCCUGACGUGGGGCCCGCGCGUCUGGCGCAUUGGUGCGCGGUUCGAAGCGAAAAGUUUUGCGCAAAAAGCGCAGUUUUUCACCAUGGGCAGCACCACUUUCAUGGAGGCGUACAAGCGCACUGGCAAGGUGCUCAACAUCAGCGUCAUCCCGGCUGAUCGCCAUUCGCCCGUCAAAUUGCUCAACUAUGUUACAAGUCCCGAUUGUGUCAUCUGGAGCGCCUUGCUCGCGUCCGCUGCUGUUCCCGGUAUUCUCAAUCCGAUCUGCCUGAUGCAAAAGACCAAAUCAGGACGAGUAAUCCCGUGGAACUGGGGACACCGAUUUAAGGAUGGUUCACUGCGCAUGGACAUUCCGCUACAAGAGCUGCAGUCGCUUUACAAUGUCAAUUAUCCAAUUGUCUCUCAAGCCAACCCACACGUGCACCUCUUCUUUUUUGCUCCCAAGGGUAUGCCAGGACGACCGGUCGCGCACCGCAAGGGCAAAGGAUGGAGGGGCGGUUUCUUCCUCAGUGCAGCGGAGCACGUGCUCAAGCUGCACCUGUCGAUGAACUUCAAAGUGAUUAGGGACUUGGACUUGAUGCCCAAGCUACUCGGGCAGGACUGGAGCUCUACGUUCCUCCAGGCGUUCAGCGGAGCCGUCACCAUCUGGCCCAAGACGCGCGCGUGGGACUGGUUGCGCCUUCUGUCUGACCCGGAUCGGCAGGAGCUGAAGCGCAUGAUCCACGUCGGCCAGUCUGUCACCUUUCCUAAGCUUGUGAGUUGGAGGGGAAGUAGAUCUUUGAAGUGCGAAUCUCACCAAUUAUGCGCCCCUCUACUGACCAGCACAUGAUCGAGAACCGUGUGCGACUAGAGCGUGCCGUCGAGCAAGGGCGCAAAGCUUGCCGCGCGGCGUUGAAAGCGCGCGAUCGUGUGAACGGGUCAGGUGGUGAUGCUGGAGGUAAUGCUGCACGAGGAGGCGGAGGCC